GACGGGCUGACGGAUAGCCAAACUGAAAGUGAAUGUCGGCUGCCGGAGUCAACAACAGCGAUGAGAACUCUGGAGACGCCCUUCCCAGUAUGGAGGUGUGGCCAGAGCUGGAGAGGGCGGAGUGCCUGGCACGAGGUGCAGCCCUGAAGUGGGCUUCAGGUGUGUUCUCUCACCCAGAGCAGCUGGAGAGACUGAGCCAGUACCGGAAGAGAGAGAGCCAACGCACAGAGUCCAUCCAUUCCAGGCUCAAGUCGAUGGUGCAGUCCUACCUGGAGGGGGUGGGCUGGGGGUUGGAGCAGCUACGGGAGGCCCGGGUGGAGCUGAAGGAGGUGUCCCGUUCAUUGGCCGAGGUUAGGCUGGAGACCACACGCAAUGCAGAGAGGGUCGCGGGUCUGGUCCCUCUGCGAGAGGUUUCUGUCAAUCAUCGUCAGCUACUUGCAGCCACCAGCAACCUGCCCCACCUCUACGCUGUGCGGGGGGCGGUGCUGGAAACAGAGAGACUGGUGGAGUCCCGGCGCCUUCUGGAAGCCCAUGCCCGGCUGAUGGAGUUGGAGCGUUGGCAAGAUGAGGUACUGUGGCAGCUCUAUGGGGCUGGACCCCCGGACCCCUGUGACGAGGAGCUGGUGCGGGAGUACUUCUCUGGUGUGGGCCGCCUGGUGGAUGCACUAGCCAAGGAGCUCUGGGCAGUGGUGGGCAGUGGGCUGACUCUGGCCCGGCAGAACCCCACUCCAUUUGUGUCUGUUGUUCGAAUUGUGGAGCGGGAGGAGGCGCUGGACCGGGCCCUGCUGGAGGAGAGGGGCGAGGCAGCAGGCUCCUCCAGGCCUCUCCCGAGCGGGCGACCACGCUGUUGGAGGAAGCGCUUCUUCCAGGUGAUGGAAGAGUCUAUAUCGAGCCGCUUCCGUAGCGUCUCCUACCUGCACACCCGGGGGCCUGGCCUGGCCGGUCACCUCUCUGCCCUGCAGCAUAGCAUCAUGGGAGAUUUGGCGACAGUGCAGCACCUUUUGGAACACUGCGUGCCACCCCACUAUCGGCUGGCACGUGCCUACCUCAGAGCCUGCCACCGUUGCCUGCAGGCCCACCUGGCCCAGGUGAGCAGCUGGGAGCUGGAGAGCGGGGAGAUCUUUGCCGUGCUCAACUGGGUGCUGCACGUCUACAGGAGCCCUGAGAUGAUGGGCCACUCAGACCUGGUGUCAGAGUUUGACCCUGAAGAACUAGGACCCCUCAUCUCUCAAGAGGCUUUGGAGCAGCUGCAGAAUAAAUAUGUGCAGAGUGUUCGGAGCAGUGUGUCAGAGUGGAUGCACAAGGCACUAGAGGUAGAGUUGACAGACUGGCAACGAGACCAAGAGCCCGACACUGACCAUGAGGGAUUCUACCAAACUAGUUUACCCACCAUCAUCACACAGAUGCUGCAAGAAAAUGCUCGAGUGGCCCUGAUGAUAAGUGACUCUCUACGGGAUCGCAUUAUACAGAUGGGACUCUAUGAGCUGGAAAGCUUCCUCAACAGGUUUCGAGAAGCUCUGAUGGAAUUUGGAAAGGAGCAUCGCAGGGACCGCAGCAACAACAGGUUCUACCUCCACUAUCUGAUGGCUUCCAUCUGCAACUGUAUUGUCCUCAAGAGUUCCACAGAAAGCCUACAGGAGCAGCGCAGCUCCUGUCCUGCAGGCCGGUUCCCCUGGACACCACCAGGCCCAUUGGCAGCCCUGGACCGGGUAGUGAAGAAGGCCUGCCGCCUGGUGAUGGAUGAGCUGCUGUUGGACCUGCAACCCCUCCUGUUGCGGCUGAUGUCAGGCUCCUGGCUGGCCCACGGUGAGAUCACUCCUCUGCUGUGUGGGGUACUGGAGCAACACUGUGAGCUGUACACCCGCGUGCGACCACCCUGCCGCCAGCGUCUGCAGGAGGAAUGUCAGUGGCUCAUAGUGGUGGAGUACGUGCAGGCACUGAUGCAGAAGCGGCUGGUUUGCAAAGGAGUGGCCGAGCGUGUCCAAGUGGGCCAGCGCAUAACACAGGAUGCUCAGCUGCUGAGGGACCUCUUCCAGGGUUUGGAGGGGGAGGGAAUAGUGGCCGGGUUUACACCCGGUGCACUGCUGCCUGUUCUGGCUGAAUUCAUACAGCUGAAGGACCCCAAUAUGCUGACCCUGGAGGUGUCGGGCCUAGCGUCCAAGUAUCCAGACAUCAGCACGGAGCACGUAUCAGUGCUACUGGACAUAAGGGGGGACGUUCCACGGGACGUGCGAGUUGCAGUGUUGGACAUGCUGGAACAGAGUGCCCCUCCACUGCCUCCCGGGUACCGUGCUCUGUUCUCAGACAUCCCGGUCCCACCACGGAGCAUGCCAUUCUGCCUUCCCACUGCCAAGUGUGCCUGAAAGUAUACUGACCAAUACGUCUUGCACUCAUACUGUACGGAACACUGUAUUCCUGCCCUCCCCGCCAUCCACUGCUACUCUUCCUUGCGCUCCAGAAGUCUAAAAAUUAUCUAAGGGAUAAGAAGAGGAAAUGUGGCGGACCGCUUUCAUGUAACCAAGCCUCUGAGUUUUGACGCUGGGCAUCAUGUAAAAUAACUUCCUCAGAAAUCUGCAAAAAACACACUAAACCAAGAGUGUGGCAACUGCAACUGGAAAGGUACAACAGCAA